AUGCUGCUCUAUGGAGACAAUGGGGACUGUGAGCAAUCAAAAGAAAAUGCAGGAACAGUGUACUCAUUCAGUUUCAAGACAAAGGAAUGGUCAGAGGUCCGGACCACAGGAGACUGUCCCCCACCAGACGACGUUGUGGAGCUUGCAGAGCGUGGGGGCAAGCUGUAUGUGCUGUGCAUAAACUAUGGGGGCUCAUGCAACCUGAUGGCCAUCUACUGCCUGGCCUUGGAGGGCAAGACUCGCAAGUGGACAAAGGUAAAGACGACAGGAACACCUCCCUGUGGCAGGAUCGGCUGCUCAGCCACUGUCCUGGGAGACUCUUGGUAUGUCCAUGGCGGCUUCCCUCGAACACAACGCCACCCAGCCUGCUGGGACAUCGUUGGUGACACUUAUGAGUACAACUUCAAGUCCCAGGGCUGGUCGAAGAUCUGCCCUGUCCGUGACGGCCUGCUGCCCAGGGGUGGCCAUGUGGCCAUAGCAUGGCGGGAUGCUGUGGUCUUCAUGGGGGGCACAACCUCCAGUGGCAGAACGGAGCAGGUGGCCUACCUUGGGGGCGGUGCCUACUGCACCACAGUCGAGGUCCUCUGGAAGUGCCCACUCCGUCCAAACGCCUCCAAUGGCGAGUAUGUCUUCACAGACACGAUACGGGGUAUCCGCAGCCUGCACGGUUGUGAGGAAACCUCAGAUGUGGUGCUGAUCUCAGGAGGGACUGAAAUCAAGGCCCACCGCGCGAUCCUGUCUGCUGCCUCAAAGACCUUCCACAGGAUGUUCAGUGGGAAUUUCUCUGAGAUGCGGGAAAACAAGUCAGGGGAGGUGCAUCUAGACAGCAUUAGCCCCAGCGUGCUGGAGACCAUGAUUGCGUAUGUGUACGGAGUCUUGAAAGAGGUGCCCGCAAAUCUGGCACUGGACCUCUUCAGGGUAGGCGACCUGUAUUGCAUCGAUGGUCUGAAGGAGGAGGCCCUGUCCCAGUUGAAGAGCACGAUGUCGGUGGCCUGUGUGGCGAUGCUUGCACGGGUCGCAGACGAGCAUUCCUGCGAGGGACUGUUCAAUGCGGCUGUGGAGUUUGUUGCAAGCGACCCUGACAACCUGCUGCAGGUCCUUUCGAGCGAGAAUUACCUGUCCAUGUUGCGAGAGACACCAGAGCUGGGGCAGAAAUUUACUCACAUGUGUACGCGUCGCGCGUUCGGUGCUGGUGAGCACAGCGAGACGCUGAAUGGGCCUGCAGGCUUGGGUGACAUCAGUGGCAAAUGA